GGUCCAGGGAUGUGCGCUGAACGCAUUGGAGGCUUACAGACACCAGAGGGCGUGUUGGCAUGUGUCUGGGCUGCAGCUGCAAGUCCUGGUCUGGUUGCCCACGUUUGGAUUUUAAACUUUUUGCUGAAAAACCUCCAAUCUCCAUGUUUUAGGUCUGCAGAGCCAAUCCGCUACUCAUGCAGAUGACGUGGUGAUGUCCUACGUCAGCCCAGUCGCUUGCCAGGAGCAGGGCUUCACACACUCACACGCACACACACACCGGUGAAAAACACAUACACACACUUCCUCACCGAGGCUGUACAGCAACGCUCUUGGCCCGGCAGCGGAGCACAAAUCCAGGCUUCCAGGCGCCGCUGCCCGCUGUGAAAGUGGACUUUACAUCGCUUUACUUUUUCGAUAUGGGGGAUAUGGGGGAUCCGCCAAAAAAGAAGCGACUGGUGUCCCUUUGCGUGGGCUGCGGGAACCAGAUCCACGACCAAUACAUCUUGCGGGUAUCCCCGGAUCUGGAGUGGCAUGCCGCCUGUCUCAAGUGCGCGGAGUGCAGUCAGUACCUGGACGAGUCAUGCACUUGCUUCGUCAGAGAUGGAAAGACUUAUUGUAAAAGGGACUACAUCAGGUUAUACGGGAUUAAAUGCGCUAAAUGCAAUAUCGGCUUCAGCAAGAACGACUUCGUCAUGAGAGCUCGCUCCAAAGUCUACCACAUCGAGUGUUUCCGCUGCGUGGCCUGCAGCAGACAGCUCAUCCCGGGAGAUGAGUUCGCUCUGAGGGAAGACGGGUUGUUCUGCCGCGCUGACCAUGAUGUAGUGGAACGGGCCAGCCUCGGCAGCGGAGACCCUCUCAGCCCCCUGCACCCGGCCAGACCGCUGCAGAUGGCAGCAGAACCAAUCUCGGCGCGGCAGCCUGCUCUGCGACCCCACGUCCACAAACAGCCAGAGAAAACCACCCGGGUCCGGACGGUGCUGAACGAGAAGCAGCUGCAUACGCUGCGGACCUGUUACAAUGCCAACCCGAGGCCCGACGCCCUAAUGAAGGAGCAACUGGUCGAGAUGACCGGCCUCAGCCCGCGAGUGAUCCGUGUCUGGUUCCAGAACAAGCGGUGCAAGGACAAGAAGAAAAGCCUGCUGAUAAAGCAGCUGCAGCAGCAGCAACCCAACGACAAGACGAACAUCCAAGGAAUGACGGGCACCCCGAUGGUUGCGGCCAGCCCGGAGCGGCACGACGGCGGCAUCCAGGCCAACCCGGUGGAGGUGCAGAGCUACCAGCCGCCCUGGAAGGUCCUCAGCGACUUCGCCCUGCAAAGCGACAUCGACCAGCCGGCCUUCCAACAACUGGUCAGCUUCUCGGAGGGAGGACCAGGUUCGAACUCGACAGGCAGCGAGGUAGCAUCCAUGUCCUCCCAGCUUCCCGACACGCCGAACAGCAUGGUUUCCAGCCCCAUCGAGGCUUGAGGACUGCCUGAACACACAGCCCCGAUCAUCCCAUUCCUCCUGACUGGGUGUACUUUGACACUGUGAAGACAAUCAUGGGAUUUACUGCAGCCACUAACUUCAACACGGAGCGCAGACGGACGGAUAGGCUGAGCGGUGCUGCCUGCUUUCUGUUGCCAAAAGGAGAAGAAAGAGAAAGGAGCGGACCUCUGACUGGAAGCGCAAUCUAAAUCACGUAGGCCUACUUUCGAUACGCUCAGCUUUGAAUAGAAAACGAUGGUGUUUUUUAAUUUGGUUCACCCUCAUCAUAUAGCCUAACAGAUCAUUUGGAUCUGUCUGAUCUCUUCAUCUGACUGAUUUCCUGUAUGACCCAAGGCCUGAGGCAUUUCAAACAAGGUAUACCUCUAUUUUGCCACAAACCUUGUGGGACAUUUGUGAGUUAGCCUAGUGUCCGUCCAAGAAUAAGACAAUUUUUUCUUUCCCAAAGACAUGUAAAUUAUUCAGUUAGUACUCUGCAAGAAAUUGUAUUGUUUGUUUCCGUGCAACAGAAUUAUUUAUUAUUUAUUGCCGACAAAUUUGCCACCUUUUGUGUAACUUUCGUAACAGAAGUAAAAAGAAAAAAAAAAUCUA